CUUGAGAACAUUGUGACAGAUCAUAGGGACAAAAUUACAGUUGGUGGUGGAGGAGAGGAAGAUCUUGUUGAUAUUCUUUUAAGGCUUCAAAAGCAGAAUGAUCUCCAAUAUUCCUUAUCUGACAGUGUUGUCAAAGCAAUCAUUUUGAAAUGCUUCUGAGUUCCCAAAAAAUCAAACAUUAAUUUUCAUACACUGCCCUUCCAAGUUUCAAAGUGCAGACCGGUAACAACUUCACUAUUCACUCUUACAAAAGCAUGCUUCUUCUCUUCAUCUUCCUCUGUUCCUCAUUCACAUUGACAUUUCUCCCAUUUUUUCAGCUUCAGACAAAGAAAAGGCAGUAACUUUUUCGAACCCCACUUCCCGUUUUCUUCAAAGUUCGAAUCUUUUGCCCUUAUCAUGCCAAUUCAACCAAAAACCGAACCUGGGUCACCCCCCAUUCUCUCAUCAACCAGUAACAAAAGCUUGGAGACGAUGAGCAUUCCUGAGCUCAUUCAAAUUCUUCGAGUUAAGUGGCAAAGAGAGGAUUAUGACAGAGUUGAAAAGGUUUUGGUAGCAAGAGAGGAAAAACUUAAAACCAAGGUUGGUCAACUUGAAGAGAAGUUUCAGGUUCAGAGUCUAGCUGCGAUUGAUGCCGAGAAGGUACAAGGGCUUUAUGAGACGUUGUUUAAGGAAGUGAAGGAAAGUGGGUUGGACAAGGAAACCAUUGAGAACUUGAGGAAGAAGAACAAGGAGUUAGAGUGCGAGAAUCGUAAGUUGUUGGAGUUGAAGAACAAAUGUGAAGUUGAUCACAAUGCUGUUGAUGAAUUAAGGAAGAAAGUGGCUGAGUUAGAGGCUGAAAAGAAGAAUAAUUUGGAUACCAUUACUGAGUUGAAUGAUGAGAAAAUAGAGGAUCAGCCUAUUGCUCGCAAGAAAAAUUUUAGCUUGAAAAGAAAAAGAGCCGAGAUUGAUACUCAGAAGGAUAAAAUUGUAGAUCUGAUCAACUUUAAAGUUGCGGGAAUAAAGAUUGGUUUGGGAGAGAGAGAAAAAUUUAUCAAAAAUCAAAAAGAACUUCAUGGGUACAAGAGAAAUAUUGAUCCUUUAUCCAUGUGGAGUGAGCACUUUCCUUUUAUGUUAAUGGCUGAUGAGUAUGGACAAUGUUCUACUGAUGUAAAAUUAGUUCAUGAUGUGGAUGAUGUUGGUAUAGCUCAAUACUUACAGGUUAUCGGAGGUCGAUUGUUAUCUAUUGGUCGAACUCAAGAAUUAAAACAUGCAAGUGAUACUUCUGACAAGAAAAGUAUGGAAAAACUUAUGCAGGAGAAUCUAGAAAAAGAGAAGAAAUUCCGGGUCGCUUUAGAAAAGAUAGAAUUAAAAGAUGAAAAAAUGAAUGGUUUGACGGAGAAGAUGUUACUAUUAGAGGAAAAGGAGAAAAAAUUAGAAGAAGAUAAAGUCGAUUUGCAAACAAAAGUGAUGGAGUUGACGAUGGAGAAGAAGAGUUUUGAGACUGACAAGGACAACCAUGGAUCAGAAACCAUGGAGCAGGCGAGGUUUAGCGCCAAACUGACUAAACUUCUUAAAUAAGUUUUUUUAAAAAAAACUUAAAAUAUAAAGAUUUUUAUUAAUAAUAAUUUUUAAAUAAGUUAUUUUGUGUUUAGUAAGUUAUUAUAAAAGUUUUUGUUUUAAAAUGUAUUAAAUAAGAGUAAUAAAAUAGCUUUUAAAAAUAGGAGAAGUCACAUUUUUUAACUUCUUCAAAAACUCUUAAAUAACUUUUUGAAAAGUUAAAAAUUUAUCUAAAAAAUUGUACUAAAUACUAUUAAUAUAACUUUUUAUAAGUCAAGAAAAAAAAGCUUUUGAAGUUUUUCAAACGAACCCUUAUUGGGUCGACAUUGGACUUUGCUGUCAUGGAUCCAUGCAAGGUGGUGAUUAAUGGUGAGCUGGUUGAUGAUGAUCAGGAUCAAGAGAGUGAGAGUGAAGAUGUGGUAGUCUUUUGAUGUUUGUUCUAUACUUCUAUGUGAAAGAAUAUAUUUUUUGUUUGUGUUUAAAUAUAUGGUAUUGGAUGGGUUUUGAUUGUAAUAUUUUGGUAGAUUUAUGUUCUUAGUUUAA